AUGGCAUAUCCAAUAUGUUUUGAACUGGACCGUACUUUGUUAUUUAUACGACCCAAGGGCCCUAUAGCCGUACCUACCACAACCCUAAAAAGCGUAGGCGCAGGAUACUGUGGCUAUUCUUAUUCUGAGCCACUUCACAGUUCUGGCGAACGCAUUAUUGCCGCAGUAGCUGAGCCAUCUGAAUUCAAGAGGCGAGCAUUCGGCGAAAGGUUUAUCUGGGGGACAGGUAAGCCGCUUGAAGGCCAGGCUUUUUCUAGCUUGGAGGAUUUCAUCAGCCAUGGAGUCAAUCGAAGAGAGCUGGAACGCUUGACAGGGACGGUGACGGACUCAGGGAUUGAUGCAGUAUUUGUAUGCCUAUUGGAUGAACUUCAUGCAAUAGUUGUCCAGGCUGUGGCACCACUGGUUAUGAAUUAUGCUUCGCGGCUAUAUAUUAUGUGUGAGAAGCUGCUAGCAACGCAGCUGAGUGAUCUUCUUUGUAUUUAUGGGAUAUUGAUGGAAUCAUGGGAGAUGUUGCAGACUGAAGCAAUCUUUGCUGUUGGCUUGGUUUUAUGGUAUAGCCGCCCCCAGGUUAUGUUAUGGAAGCUUUCGUGCCACGACAUCGAUUUUCUUUUCUGGCUUCUCUGUUUGCCGGCUUCUAUAUUCAAUCCCGAACCCCCUCAUCUCUCUUCAAAGGUGAUUUCUUCAGGGCGCCUGCACUUCUUCAGGCAAGCUAAUAAGUCCUCUGGUGCCGGUACAGCCACCAACUGCUUGAGGUGUCCUGUGGAGACAACUUCGCUGAGGGCAGGCAACCGUGACCGUCCUAUCGAUGCAAUAGGACUCUCUUCUGCAGCGAAGUGCUUAUUGGAAGUUCUUGGUGAGGACUAUGAUGAUAAAACACCAGUAUCUCAGGUGAGCCGGAAAAACUGGUAUGGGUGCUGUGUCUGGGAACCUGGUAAUGAUGAGUGUGAUGAUCAAAUGGUCACCAUAGAGUUGGAGGGUGAACUUCUGCCGUUCGCUCAAAUACAGACGAAUGAUAAUGCCCUGCAAAAAUUGCCCAGUUUCCAUAUGGUUGCUCUCACAGACGCUAUCAGCAGGCGUCGUGGACGUAAAUCAGGUUCCACAGGGGAGAUUGUUUACGAUGCAGUCACUAUUCGUGUGAGCGACUUCAGCUCUGGCUUCGAAGUGGUGUAUAAUAUGCCCUGUGCCAAAGGUGGUCACGAUGGGGGCGAUGACGGUCUUGCGUUGUCAUUAGUAAGAGCGGUGGCCAAGGUGAAGCGCGGCAAUAUGGGCGUUUCGGAAGCUCAGAGGAGUUUCUUGAACUGUACCGUGCAAGAAUUUUUGAGAAAAAAUUAUAUCAAAAUUAACAAAUUAUAA